CGCCACGGCCGUUGAGCGAGCGGCAUCAUCGCGCAAGGCACGCCGCGGAUCGGGCGACAUCAUCACCGUCUUCUUCUCGUCGCGUUUCCCGUGGCCGCUUGCACCGCCGCCGCCGCCGCCGCCGCCGUCGUCGCCGUCGUCGCCAUCCUCGCUCAGCCUAUAGUAUUAGUGUAGUCUAUACCUAUACACAACGCGCACGUAUAAGCUGGUGGCUGGUGGCGUAUAUCUAUAUAGCCGUCCGUCGUGUAGUCUGCCGCUACGCCGCCGCACGGCGCACGAACGACACACGCAGGCCGCAGCAGCAGCGACUCCGCGCGCGCAGGGGAGUCGAGCGAGCCGUGUCGUCCUCGGCCCGUCACACACAAAAGCAAGAUGGAGGAUCUCGCAGUCGAAGUAUGCGGCGAAAAUGGAGCGUAUUACAAGGCCUUUGUCAGGGAUGUAUUUGACGAGGAAGUUCUCGUGGCUUUCGAAAAUGACUGGCAACCAGAGUCCAAAUUUCCCUUCUCUAAAGUUCGUCUACCUCCCAAGGAUGGCCCAAAGCCUGAAUUCCAGGAGAACCAGGAAAUCGAGGUGUUUUCCAGGGCCAACGACCAAGAGGCUAGUGGAUGGUGGAGGGCCAUUAUCAACAUGACCAAGGGUGGAUUCCAAGUGAUUGAAUACCUUGGUUGGGACUGUGCUUACACCGAAAUUGUUGCCAGUGAGAGAUUAAGACCAAAAAAUCCAAAUCCUCCCAUUGACAAGAAUACAUUUCACAAGAUCGAAAUAGAAGUACCUGAAGACCUACGCGAGUUCGCGAAAAUGGACAAUGUACACAAGGAGUUUCAAAAAGUGAUAGGGGCAUCUGUGUGUCGAUACGUGCCUGAACGGGGAGUAUUGCUGGCCAUCUCCCGUCAUGAGAAUAUGCGUCGACAUUGCAGUAUGCUCCAAGAAAUGCAUUUUCGUAAUUUGCAACAGAAGGUCCUGCUUUUGAAAAGGACGGAAGAAGCGGCUCGUCAGCUGGAAUCAACUAAACUUCAAACAGUCGGAGUCAAAUUUAGACCUUCAAACUUUGUAUACCAACGUGUCUCAGACUUUGAGACAGGAGUGAGAACAAAUUCAAGGUACACUGAUGAAUUCAAUGUCAGGGAAGAUCUUAUGGGUCUUGCCAUAGGAUCUCAUGGAGCAAACAUUCAACAAGCUAGAAAAGUUGAAGGAAUUACUAACAUUGAGUUAGAAGAAAAUUCCUGUACUUUCAAAAUUUAUGGAGAGACGCAUGACGCUGUACAAAAAGCUCGUUCUAUGUUAGAGUACAGCGAAGAAUCAAUACAAGUUCCCCGUAUUCUUGUGGGAAAAGUUAUUGGUAAAAACGGUCGAAUUAUCCAAGAAAUAGUGGAUAAAAGUGGGGUCGUAAGUAUAGAGAAUGUAAGGGUAAAAAUUGAAGGCGAUAACGAGCCACAACCUACUAUUCCAAGAGAAGAAGGACAAGUACCUUUCGUUUUCGUAGGUACUGUAGAAAGCAUCUCAAAUGCCAAAGUUCUAUUGGAAUACCAUUUAGCCCACCUUAAGGAAGUUGAGCAAUUACGGCAGGAAAAACUGGAAAUCGAUCAACAGCUGAGAAACAUUCAUGGAAUAAAUACAGGACCAAUGCACAAUUUCCAACCAGCAAGACGUGGCAUGCCAAUGGGAGCUGAAGAAAGUAGUAGCAGUCGCGGUGGUAGAGGUGGUCAGACUAGAGGACGCGGUAGGGGUAGGGCACCCCCAAGACACAACAGUGGUAUGCGUCGGGACACUAUGGACAGUAGCGAAGAUCGCAUUCGUGAUUUGCCUCCGAGAGGCGGUCAUCAGGGUGGACAGGGUGGUCAAGGUGGUGGUUCUGGUUACGGUGGUAGGCAAGGUGGUGGUGGAGGUGGUGGGGGCCGACCCAACACGCAGCGCCGAGACCGCAGGGACGAUCGCCGUAGAACCACGGACGACGAAGACACAGUUCUCGAUAGUCAGGAUGUGUCAAGCAUUGACAGAGACUCGGUAUCGAGCGUGGAAGGUGGUUCCAGAGGAUCGAAAAGACGUUUGCGACGCUAUCGUCAGCGCAGUGCUACGCCGUCCAAUAGUCGACGAGGCAGCAGCGCCAGUCAGGUGGAUCAGUCGGGUGGUCCAAGCGUCGUGAGUAAGGAGGUUACACCUUCAAAUAACGACAUUUUGGCACCGACGAACAGCAACAACCAGCAGGGUCCCAAGGGUCAGCGAGAGCAAAGAGGCCGCUACCCACGCGUUCCGCAAAACAGCAAACCCAAGGAGGCCAUGGUCAACGGUACCAGUGGCUAAAGACGUUGGUGUCUUCAUGACGGCAAAAGGCGAACAGCACCUCCCAAGACGAACUGAUGGAAGAGAGCGAUCGUUUACAAGGGACAGAUACAUAUGGGCGAGAACAUAGUUUUUUUUUAACGACGCGAGAAAAGUUUAAAAACAUAACAACCGAAGAAAGGUUUAAGGUAAAACAAAGCAUUUUAAGAAUUAAAUGCUGAAGUAAAAAUGAUAAGAUUAACAUUGAAACGAACGUCAUAAAUGAUGAGAGAACUGCCCGCUACACGAUAUAUAUAAAGAAACAUAUAUAUAUAUAUAAACGAUGUAUAAUGUAAACCCAGAAAAUGAGCUACCUACAUCAGCACGCAACAUGACGCAUUAACCUCUACUCACUAAUGGACUACACACGAAUUUUGAAACGCGACAUGAAGAUUAACCUAUGCUCGUCAUUAAGACUGUUUGCUACCGAUAAGAAAAAAAACAAAUAAUGACACUUAUAAUCGACAGUCAUUUUCCUUAAAGAUAAAAAGGAUUAAAAAAAAAAAACAAAAAAAAACAUUUAAGAACACGUAUAAUAUUCAUGCAUGGUUUAGUUUAAAAGAGAACGACGCGGCGCCUUUAUCAAAGGACCGUCGUCGUUGAUUCGAUUUACGGACGCAUUCAUUGGGAGACAGAAGCAGCGGCCGCACAAUUCGGUUUCUAAUGUGAAGAGAGAAAGAGAAUUUUCCCCCGUGAUUGUGAAACUGUGCCUCAUUUUUUAUACUCAACUCUCGAUUGACGGUGUCCCGCUCGUGGCCACCUAACACUCACUUACACUUACACCGAACGAUGUCCGCAGCGUGCGCCCGAGCAGACGUGUUUAAAGGAUUAAAAUAAAAAUAUUGCAAAAACCCGGUCGAGUGUUCGCUGCUCCUGAGCGUCAAUUAACGUCCGUGGCAAAUUCGCCCUAGUAACGGAAAACAUCAUCAAUAAAGAGUCUAUAUUUCGUCGAAGUCAGAUAAGUGACGUUGGGAGUCGUUACUAGCGCGAACAUUGCUGUCGAUGCAAAGGUUUAACACCCGUUUGACUUAUAUAAAUGGUGAGAACCCGUAAAAGUUGAGAAAACAAAAAGAAGAUUGGAAAAAUAGAGAGACGGCAGCUGUAGUGAAUCCUGAUUAAAACGGUAUCCCAAUGAUGUUCCUCCCAUUUUGCUAUACAUGAUUGAGUUCUUUUCUUUUUCUUUCGUUUAUGAUUACUAGUAGUUACUUGAAACAUGAUACUAGACUUUUACGUUUCUAUGCAGAGAGUGCAGAGUGCUAAUUAAUUGAUUAGUUUAUAAAAUAUUCGCCGAUAAAAUUGGCUAAAGAUAAGAUUACAAAGUAUAAAAAUAAUGAGAAAAAAAUAAAGAACAUGAGAGCGCCUGUGCACACGCCGUGAGUUGGACGCGAGAAAAAGUGGUGCUCUAGCGCACGGAUGGUUGGUUCACUUUUUCCUCGGUAGUUGAUUCGCCGCUGUGCAAGCUUCGCGCCGUUUUUCCAGUUUCCUAUAUUUUUUUGAAUUCUUGUUUUUCUCCCUUAUUAAUAGCUGCGACAUACGCGUAAACGCUGUAACUUGUCGUCAGAUUAAGAUGAUCGAUAUUACGGCAUCUCGCCCAGGUCUCACACUUUGCGAUUGUUUUCACAUGAUUUGUAAGAGGAAAAGUAAACUUAUAUUUAGCGAUACCAAUGUAUGAUGUGCCAGAGAGAAGGAAUGAUACAUGUUUUUAUGAUAUCUAGCUGAAGCGAAGACUUAGCGUGCGCGCAUACCUUUAUUACUAUAUUAUAACUUGGUAGAAAUGUGGAUGUCUGAACAAAUAAAUUAGCUUUACUGUACCAAGAGCUAUAAAAAAUAGAUAUGGUCAACGAUCAAGUUAAAUUGAAGCAUUUUUCAAUUUAAGGAAUAAAAAACUGGUAUUCUUCUUCCGGAUAUGACAACAACCGAUCGGACGUGUCUGAUAAUUAUUGUGAAAACGGAUACUAAAUCAAGUGCGAGAAUGAUAAUGAAAAAAACGUACGCCGGUUAAUGAAACUAUCGUAUAAUUAACAUCUAAAAGAAGUAGCUGCCCCUCUUAACAUCUGAGACAUAUAUGCUAUAUUAUUGUAAGGCGGCAAAAAAAACUGAGAUAUCCCCCAACUUGCUUGUUUCAGAUACAUUUGUAUUGAUUGCAAUUUGUGCAUAAUUUAAGAAUAAAACAUUUCUGUACAUAA